AACAAAGAUAACGAAUUUUUUAACAUGAGUUUGUUCGGUCAUCAUCUUCUUCAACCUCUCCGCUGUCCUCCAACCUCCAAAAAAACGUUUCUUUAUCCCCAUUUUCCUAAAAUUAAUCUACAAAAUCUUGCUCCAAAGCCCAUUUUGUUCACCAAUCUUCUCUCUAUAGCUCUUGCUAUUUCCUUAAACUCCCCAUUGCCUUCCUUAGGCAUCCCUUCUCCCAACUCCCUGUCUAGCUCUCCCCUGCUUCCUCCCACCACUCCAUUCUCUCAAGCCAAGAACCUUUCCACUGGACUACAAGAUGGGAAAAUUAGGCCUUGCCCAUCUUUAAAUCCAAGCUGUGUUUCUACAAAUCCGAAGUCUUCUCUAUUUGCAUUCCCAUUGACAAUUCCUGAGAACUCAACUGGGAAUGCAAUUCAGAAAUUGCAAGAUGCAAUCCUCAAAACACAGAAAAAUGCCAAGUUUCUAGUCAUUGAAGAUACCCCAAACGGGGAAUAUUUACAAGCUGAAGUUGAUGGAGGAUUUGGUCGUGAUGUGCUUGAAUUCUUGGUUAGAGGAGAUGUGGUAGCUUACCGCUGUAUGGCGACUAAGGUUACUUAUGUGUAUCCCUUCACUACAGCUUUUGGGGACUCUAAAGGACAGGAAGAAAGAAUGAAGAAAAUUGUUGACGAGCUAGGUUGGUAUGCUCCAAGUUUUGAUUCUAUGGAUUAGAUUAUUGUCUUACUGCAUUUCAUUUACGAGGAGAAGAAUUAAGUAGAUUUAGUUCCUCCUUGCGUUGUAUUCAUUCAAUUCAAGCCAAUUGUUGUUUUGAGUGGUAUUACAUUCAUGUACACGACUUCAUUUUCUGAUAAAUGCAGCUUUAAUAUAUGGCUGAGUAUCUUUUUAAGUUA